AUGUCUUCUAACAGACCACUGUCCUACCUCAUUUGGGAGAGCGUGCUUCAGAACAUUGACGCUAAUAAACGAUUCUUCUUGUUCCAACAAUGUCCAGCACUCCGCCAGGCGGAAAAUUCUCUCCCAUUAAAAGUUGAUACACUUCUUUUGGAUGGAUCGGUAUUCAGUGUCAAUGAUGCGGUUUAUAAGAUUGGGAUAGUCCGAAAAUAUCAUAAUGACAGUGAAACACCACAUGGCGUCAAAAAAUUAAAUGAGGAAGGAGGAAGUGCAGUGGAAUGUGAUGUGUAUGGAUUUUCGGAACAUCUCCGAAACGAUGGAAUAUUUCUUGGUUUUGUGAAAGAGAAGGCGGAAGAAUUACGAGAAGUGAGGAAGGGAAAAGCGAUUCUUCUUGGUCUUCCUGAUACCCCCGAGAAGUCUAGAAAACUAGAAAUGCUAACAAAAUUUAUCAAUGAAACGGAAGAAGUCAUCUAUCGAGCAAGCUUGAGACAAAACAAGCUCCCGCCACCAUUCAAUCACUAUUUACAAGUUAAAAUCUCGACAAAAUAUGGAUCCCAAGAAGGUGAACGUGUUGGAUACAUCCGAACGAUUUCGGAUGCUAGUGACAGCUUAUUCAAAGCAGUUUUCCAAAAAAGGAGCAACAUUCGGAUUAAAAAAUUAGAGAUCGAAAGUUCAGAAUUGUUAGAGAGAAAUUUAGCAGCUUUGAAUUCAAAUUUGAAAGUGAGAAUUCGCAAUAUGACUAUCAAGUGGGGUGUCUUCAUGGAAAACAUUCAAAACGUGUUGGAUUAUGAGAAUCAUCCCCUUGAGACAAUCGAAAUUUCACGAGACAUCUUUGUCAGACAAGAGAAUAUCCUAUACCACCAGAUAGUGAACUCUGCGCAAAAACUUAUAAUCACUGUGAGUGAAUGGGAUCUCGCAGAGCUAAUAAAUAAGAGAGUUCACGUUCGAAAAACAAGUGAUCUAAAGAAUAAGAUUAUUGCUUUGGUCAACAACUGGCUGGAGAAUGGAAGACCGAUUGGUAGCUGCUUUUCGUUUGAAAUUCACAACAAACUGGAUGCAAAAAACACAAUUAAGGAAAUCGAAGAAGCUCAAAGAAAUAAAAUCCAACUAUAUGUAAAUGAAACGCCAAAGCAAUUUCGGAACUGUUUGGUUCUUUGGAUGACAAUUGACUCGAAUCUGUACAUCUACUUGGAAAAAAGAGAGAAAUCAAAGAUGAAUUGGGAUCUGAAGCUGAAUGUUCUGCCUACUGAAAGUCAAAUUCCUCCGAAUGCAUGA